AUGGAAGGCUUGCCCGCGGAGAUCUGGAUGCGCAUAUCCUCUCUUGCGUGCACCGAUGGCGGCCUUACUGGACGGUCACUCGCUAGGGUCUCGAGAUACAUCCGGAGCGUUUCAGACCCCUUCCGCCUACAGAACGUUGCGAUUCUUCGUGCGCACCAGCUAGACGCGUUCGCGAACAUGCUGCAGAGCACACCUCCCGAACGACGCCGGGUGCGUAACUUGUUUGUGGUGAAUCCCUGCAGUCCACCCCCAUUAGAUUUGGCCAGGAUGUCGAUAUCGCAGCAUGAGCUGUCCAGUAUGAACAAGAAAGACCUUGUACGGGCAGUCCUCUUCCAUCGUUACCGCACUGAAGAUCCGCUCGCCAUACGAAAGAUGUUUGGCUCCGAGGCGGAAUGGUUCGAGGAAGUGGGAGAGGUUUAUGUUGAAUGGACGCGGACUCUGGAGCGCGUCUUGCGAAUUGUGGCCCAGGAUGUCGAAACCAUGAUAGUGCCACUGCCAUCGCCCUUUUACGUUCUUGCCCGCCUUCCUUCCGAUGCAACGUCUUUCCAACCACUGCACGAUAUCAACUUCCCUGUUUUACAGGAGCUCAGCCUCUUGGGGCCCGGUAUCCCGCCGCAGUUUGUGUCAAUGUGCCCCCGCGCUGGCGAACUCCAGCUGCCUUCGCUCAGGCGCCUUCACCUCGUGGGCUGCGCGGAGCUUUUGACUGUUUUAACGGGCCUUAUUCCUUUGGUGACCCAUCUACGCCUCACCAACGUUUUAUACUUGGGCCGGGAGAUACUGGACAUACUCCAAGCCGCCGCGUCUCCACGUCGCCCUAGUCCGGAAGACGGUGCAGACACGAUUUCAGAAAUGCCUAGCAUUGUCCGCAUCGUUAUCGUGCCCGUUUUUAGCCUUGCGAGUUCCGGCCAUAUGUCUCGUCAGCUGCAGACGCUAGCCCAAAGCAGCAAAGUGAUCCUCCUUGAACCUUCACUACAGCUGGCAUUUUGCAAGAUUUACGGGGCCGCUGAUGCCCGGGAUGACUGGCUGAGGCGGAUUGCGGGAGAAGAGGGAUGUUGGGAGGUGGAGUCCUUGAGGUGA